CCUUCGCAUGUUUGUCAAUUCUCGUUCCGGCCCAUUUUGUACAAUCAAAAGCUCAAAUUUGAAGACAAAAUGAGCGACGUCAAAUCGAAGCUUUCUGGGGGGCUCAAAACGACGAAAGACAUAACGUCCAAAAUCAACUCGGGAGUGUCGAGAAGAGCCACAACGCCAACGACUAGCGCGUCUCGCCAAACAUCGCGUGCAAGCAGCAGGAAAAGCACCUUGGACAUCACCGAGAGUAGGGCAACGAGCUUGUCACGUCCGGGAAUCAGAAAAUCUUCCUCUGUGGUAUCCACUACAUCCAAGAUAGGCAUUCCGGAUGACAAAAUUCAACAGGGCUUGCAUAAGCCGGGAACACUCCCCAAAUACCUGCGUUCCAAGCGACCGGUAACGGUGCACAACUGUCUCAAACCGACGGAUGCACCAAAAACGAAAAACGACGAGAGCCACGAUAAUUCCCAGAAGUUACUCGCACAAGAGAAAGAACGAUUUGAUAAAUUCAAAACUAAUAUCGGAGAAAAGUACCAGAACUAUUCGAACUCAAAGGAAGCACUUGCAAAAAUUUCCCGAACCCAAAGCGAGCAAUCGCUGGUCCCAGCGGUUGAAGGAGCCCUGGAUCAGGCAGUUGCUCAUUUUUGUACUGAACCUGAUCAGAUAGUGGCCACCGAGGGUCCACCAUGCGAGGGCACUGGUGAUAUCCAACAGGUGCAGGCACUGCUCCAUAUCCGAGAAACGGAGCUCACGAAGUUGAAUGGGAAAAUGGAACAGCUGGAGGAAAAAUGCAGAUGCCUUGAGACGGAUUGUAGGACUCAAAUCGAGCGGGCGCUGGACUUGGACUGUCAGCUGAAGGCGAAGACAGCGCUGCUGCAGGAACGGGAAGCGGAAAUUGAUAAGCUCAAGGAAAAUCUGCAUACGAGUGCUACCUCUCGGGUGAACGUGUCGCGCGAAAGCAUACGGGAACGGGAUAAACUGAUAGCCGACUUGCGAACUGACCUAGCUCAAAAAAGCACCGAACUUAUCCAAAACAAUGAACUGGUCGCUACUCUAAGCACGCGUCUUGAUAAGCUGAAGGCGGAGCUGUUCGAAGCCAACCAUGCUCGUGAGAAAGAGGAAAAUUGCAGCUUCGAGAUUGCCCAGAAGUUAGCCGAGAAAGAAACGGCUCUCGAGGCAGCGUUGGACGAAAAAAAGCGACUUUCCCGACGUAAUCAGGAAAGGAAAUCAACAAUUGAAAAACUGCAACAGCAGGUUUCCACCAUGAGUCGUGAAAUCGCCGAUAAGGAUGCUCAAAUCGUCAGCCUCAAAGCAUCCGGUGCAGUUGAGCUGCCCAAAGAUUUACUGAAAGAUUCUCCGGAAGCGCAGCGUAUCAAGCUGGUGGAGGCUCUACAGCUGGAACUGAAAACAUUGCGUAACGAUUACAACACUCUACAGAAGGCGAAAAAACAGGACGAUGUACUGCUGCAGAUUCGUUCAAAGCUGCUGGAAAGUUUAGAAUCUAGUAAGGAAACGUUCCGGGCCCGUUGUGAAGCACUGGCGAAGUAUGAAGGUGAAGAUGAGGAUGACGGUGGACCUCCACAGCCGAUCGAAGGGUUCGAGAUGCAGCAAAUUAUCAGUGAAAUUAAGCAAAACAACCACAAGUGUAAGGCCGUUCGAUCUAAACUUUGGGAAAUGGUGAAGCAACUGAAAAAGGAAAACCGAAAGAUGAAGGAGAUCAUUAGGAGCAACGGUGUUUCUGACGUAACGGUAGAUGAUCGCAAAGCACCAUCAGCAAAUCAGAGUCAACUUAAGGAACAAAUACUGGGACAACUGUGCCAGUUGUUUCCGGAUGAAGUACUAGCAUCGAAACAUCGACCGGAAGACGAUGUGAGUGAAGAAAAAAUUACCGGUCGAAUUAAUUACGAAGAACAAAUUGAUAGUGAAUCUGAACCACCGAAUAUGCGACUGAUUUUAUAGGUGAUUUGUAGGAAAAUCUAACCACCUAG